AUGGUCAAUGUCUCUGCCACUGCUGCUGUUUUGCGCGAAGUUUGCGGCGAAACCGCAGAGGACAGUGGUGUUUCCCUCCACUCCGUAAUAGAAGAACACAGAGAUAUCUUCGUUGUCCUAUUCGAAGAGCUUAUGGAGAUGUUCCCACCACCCGGGGAGGCUCCCGGUCACGACAACCGUACAAUCAUGAUCAAUGCAGUCCUUGACCGCUUCGAGGAAGGUUUUUUACAGGUCGCCACCAAGCUCGGAGUCAGCGAAGAACUAUUGAAAAUUCACUCUAGUUCUCUCAAGUUCGUUGUUCAACAUGUUGCCGUAACCAUAGGGGACCUUGCUGAACAGCAUCCCGAGAUCGCCAAUGCCCUCCUGCUCAUUGCGAUUGCGGAGUUGUCACCCUUAUUGUUACCUCAGAUUGAGAUGGGUGCAUUACUUGAGGGAUGGCUUCUUCGCCCACUUCUCCGCAUGAUUGGAUUUGGACCGCAAGGACCAAUCAAAGGUGGAAUUGCUGCAUGGCUGCAACGUUGGAUAUUUGGUCCCACCAUCCCAAAGGGUAACUGGUUUGCGGUACUCCAGCGCCUAGGCAUGAUCGGUACAAACCUUUAAGUAUCUUUGAAGUUGUUCGAGUUUCAGCAGUUUUCAUGACAUCGAAGCCCUUCGGGAUUUGUUUACGUUUGUACUUUAGAGUCAAUUUUUGGAUACGUC